CUCUGAAAUACAAGCGUUGAGCAGAGUAUAUCAGUAAUAUCCAAAACCUCAGCUCUCAAACUCACUUCACACACAUUCAACCCACAAAAUGGCGGCUGCGGCCACCACUCUCCGCCUCCUCAAACCCUUAUCUUCCGCCGCCGCCCCUCUAUUGGCUCCUCUAAACAAUCACGCAAUCAACCGUUCGGUUGCUCCAUUGCUUCUAUUCUCCUCCGCCGCGCUCUCCCGCCGCCACCGCAGCUUCUGCACCGCGGUCUCCGCCAGCGUCUCCUCUGGCGAGGCUACCAAGGCCGAGCCAAUCGAGUCGGAAAAAGGCGCGAAAAUCCGCGAAUUCCGCAGGAAGCUCAAAAUUGUGGACAUUAAAGGAGGAGUUGAUGAGGGGCUGGAUCGAUUGGGGGAGACUCUUGUAGUCAGGGGAUGGGUUAGAACGCUUAGGGCUCAGAGCAGCGUCACAUUUAUCGAGGUUAAUGACGGUUCUUGUCUUUCAAACAUGCAAUGCGUGAUGAGUUCUGAUGCCGAUGGUUAUGAUCAGGUGGAGAGUGGUGUGAUUUCUACUGGUGCUUCAGUGUGGAUACAAGGAACCGUAGUAGCCAGUCAAGGGUCGAAGCAGAAAGUAGAAUUGAAGGUGGACAAACUUGUUACGGUUGGUAUGAGUGAUCCUUCUUUCCCAAUACAGAAGAAAAGGGUCAGCAAAGAGUUCUUAAGAACUAAAGCCCAUCUGCGUCCACGUACCAAUACUUUUGGGGCGGUUGCAAGGGUGCGCAAUGCUUUGGCCUAUGCCACACACAAGUUUUUUAAAGAAAAUGGCUUUCUUUGGCUUUCCAGCCCAAUCAUAACUGCUUCAGAUUGUGAAGGAGCUGGUGAACAGUUUUGUGUAACAACCUUGUUUUCAAACCCCAGUGAAGCUGUGCAUUCUCCAGUUAAUGCCAUCCCCACAAAACAGGAUGGUUCAGUCGAUUGGUCCAAGGACUUCUUUGGAAAACCAGCUUUUCUAACAGUAUCUGGGCAACUGAAUGCUGAAACAUAUGCUACUGCUCUUACGGAUGUAUAUACUUUUGGUCCUACAUUUAGAGCAGAAAAUUCAAAUACAUCUCGGCACUUGGCUGAAUUUUGGAUGAUAGAACCAGAACUUGCAUUUGCUGAUCUAGAAGAUGACAUGGCUUGUGCAACUGCAUAUCUCCAGUAUGUAGUAAAAUACGUUCUUGAAAACUGCAAAGAAGAUAUGGAUUUCUUCAAUACUUGGAUUGAGAAAGGAAUCAUCGACCGGCUAAGUGAUGUAGUUGAGAAAAAGGUUGUCCAGCUGACAUACACUGAUGCAGUUGAACUUCUCCUGAAAGCAAAGAAGAAAUUUGAAUUUCCGGUAACGUGGGGAUGUGAUCUGCAAAGUGAGCAUGAACGAUAUAUAACUGAGCAAACUUUUGGUGGAUGUCCUGUAAUUGUAAGAGAUUAUCCGAAGGAUAUCAAGGCAUUUUACAUGCGCCAAAAUGAUGAUGGGCGGACUGUUGCAGCCAUGGAUAUGUUGGUUCCUCGGAUUGGCGAACUAAUUGGUGGAAGCCAAAGAGAAGAACGCCUUUCUUAUCUGGAACAAAGGUUGGAUGAUUUAAAGCUCAACAAGGAGAGCUACUGGUGGUACCUUGACCUGCGGCGCUAUGGUUCAGUUCCCCAUGCCGGAUUCGGGUUGGGUUUCGAGAGGCUUGUGCAGUUUGCUACUGGGGUCGACAAUAUAAGAGAUGCAAUACCCUUCCCUCGAGCACCUGGAUCAGCUGAUUUUUGACAUUUCAGAGUAUACUGCCUUCGAUUGGAACACCAAAUUUCACAGUUAGAUUUUAUUUUUUUUUUCUGUAAAAUCUCGCAAUCGUGUGCUUGGUUUACUUGUGAAUGUAUCUAAAAUAAUUCAUUCAUUAUCUUUAUGUCAUAAAAAGACUGGAAAAAAGUGCCACUUGUGCCA